UUUAUACACUUCCUGCCAACGUAAACGUCAAAACGUUCAUAACCAUAACCUCACUUUUAAACUGUCAGUGUUCAAAUUUCAAGUUCAAUCUGAAUAAAACAAAAAAGAUAUUUUAAAUAUAUGUGACUCAUUAAUAUUUAAUUUGUAUAUAAGUCUUGGCUGGACUUUACAUUUUCUACUGCAAAAUGUCGGAGGGUAAAAGUAGAGUUCCACCAGCAUUACAAAAAAUAUUGAAAUACGAUGCAUAUAUUACAAACGAGUUUCUUACAUGGGCUAACAAAAUCUUAGAUUUAGAUGCUUACAGAGUUCAUUGUAAAGCUUUAGAAAUUUCCUGCCAUGGAAUUCCAUGGUUUGCAUUUUGGAUUGCCUUUAGCUGGCUAUUUAAUAAUCCUAAUCUAGUCCAAAUGCAAGUAAACAUGCUUUUAGGUCUUACUACUGAUAUAAUACUAGUAGCAGUAGCCAAAGCUUACUUCAGGCGCAAGCGGCCACCAAAAAACAUCAAAGAUGAUCCUCUCGCCAAAUACGUGGACGUAUUUAGUUUUCCUUCAGGCCAUGCUAGUAGGGCUAUAUUUGUAGCAUACUUUUACACCAAACUAUGGCCUUUAAACUUUCUUUUAAUACCUUUUCUCUGGGUUUGGAGCAUAUCAGUUUCGGUCAGCAGGAUCUUAAUGAACAGACAUUACAUAAUGGAUGUUCUUGGCGGUGUUGUCUUAGGAAUCUUCAAUGGAUUACUGAUAGAUUUGUUGUGGGUUGAAGACAGCACUGCUAAGUGGUUGUUUAAUAUUAUUUCUGAUGAGAAGUUGGAUGGUGGGGAAUACCACGUUUAAACAACAUUGGUUGCAAUAAAAGUUGCAGGUCAUGUUUUCCUAGUUGUCAGCUCAAGAUAGUUUUGUUUAUUUGUAGGACAUGAAUAUUAGAGUGUAAGUUUUAUUAAUUCACACUAUAACCCUGUUUUUAAACUAGGCGGAAUAAACUCAACAGACAGAUUCAUACUGGAUUCAUACCCAAUAAUGUCACUAGAAAAAUCAGCAGAUUCAUUUUCUUUUUUGGUAUCAUGAUGGCCUUCGACAGUAAUCCAUAAAUAUUAUUUUAUACUAAUACGUCGCUAAAGAGUUCUAAAAACAACUGUUUUUUUUAUACAGUGAUGAGCGCGCUAAUUACCGGCAAAAUAGCUCAAAAGAUGGAAAACAUAACACAUUGCGAAACAAAAAGAGAUGAAACUAGUGGAGGUGGAAAUUAUCGUUAUAAACGUAUUAAUUAAGUAAUAUAUGUUUUCAUCAUUUAUGUUUAUACCUGUGUGAAUUUAUUAUGUUUCAUUAAUUAGAAAAUAAGAAAUAUUUGAAAGAAUUUUAAAAAAAUGUAUAGUAUUGUAUUUUUUCUUGGAAUAUUCUUUAUUUGUCUAGAAACUUUGGUGGAUGUUGAAAUAUUUGGCCUCGGAAGCUUUUUUUUUGUAAGCAUUUAUUAACAAUCAGAAUUACAUAUUCUAUGAGUUAAUUUGAUAACAAGUACAAUAACUUUAAUCUUCGCAAUCUUCUGUUGUUUAGUGGCUGCAGUAAUGGUAAUAUUAAUUGGUUGGGGUGGCCUUCUAAUUUCUCGUGGUGUCUGUUGGCUCUUUCUUGAAUUACUGUGCUGACUAACGUAUGUUUAGGUCUCUAUGAAGGGUUUGGUUGAAGAUGUACCACGGGGCAUUUGCGAUGGUGCGUAGAAUUUUUUAUUGAGUUCUUUGGAUAAUUUUUGUAAUUGAUUUGCUAGCACAACUCCAUAGUUCUAUGCCGUACGUCCAUAUAAGUUUGAUGACUGUUUUAUAAAUGAGCAGUUCUCAAUUGAGAGUCGAGAUUUUCGACCUAUAAGCCAAUUAAUUUCUUUCACUCUCAACUCAAUUUGUUUCUUUAUCUUUAAGAUGUGUUGCUUCCAGUUUAUUUAGAAUCAAGAUGAAGCCCCAGGUAUUUGACGAUAUUCUGUUGGGGUAUGUUGACUUGAUUAAGGCUAAUAUUUGGGCAUUGGUCUUUUCUUAGUGUGAAAGUUAUAUGUGUUGACUUAGUUUCAUUAGCUUUUAUCUUCCAUUUCUUUAACCACUGUACAAUUUGGUCUAGGUGUUCUUGAAGUUUUAAGACUGCAGCUGUUUAAUCCUCUUCAGUUGCAAAUAUUGCUGUGUCAUCAGCGAAAGUUUCAAUAGUGGUUUGUGGAAAGGUUGGUAAAUCGGAUGUGUACAGUACAUAAAGAAGUGGACCCAGUAUACUACCUUGUGGGACUCCUGAUUGAAUUUUGUUACGGUUUGAUAGUUCAUCCUCCACUUUAGUUUCAAAUUCUGUGAUUUGGAUAUGAUUUUAAUAAGUCAAAGUAUUUGUUGGGUAGAGAUUUUUGAUUUUAUAAAGUAAUCCUGGGUGCCAUACCUUAUCAAAUGCUUGGCUGAUGUCCAGAAAGGCUGCUGUGCAAUAUUGUUUAUUGUCCAAUGCUCUAUUAAUUACAUUUGAUAUGCGAUGGCAUUGUUGCACUGUAGAAUCAGCUUGUCGGAAUCCAAAUUGGUGUUUUGGGAUCCAGUUUUGGAAUUCGAAGCUUCUGAAACUCUCUGAAAAAGUUUCUUUUUAAAAUAGUCAAAUCAAGCAAUUUUAUUUUGAUUGUUUUCAAUCAAAAUAAGUCAUAAAACAAUAUCUUGGUUUCUUGCGAUUCGAAAUAAAUAAUUACCUAUUAUAAAAAUAUAUAGAUUUUCAUUAUUUGGCAACAAAACUUACUUGUAGAACAUUAAGGCUUUAAAAUAACUAAUUAUAGAUGACCAUUUUUUGUCAGAGAUGCCCAAAUAGACAACAGAGGAAAUAUUUUUAAUAAAUCAUCCCAAAUUUUGGCAUAUGCAGAUGACGUGGACCUAGUUGCCCGCACAACACGCAAACUAGAAGAAACGUAUACCACCUUCUCAAAUGCCUCAAAAAAGAUGGGCCUGAAAGUAAACGAGGAGAAAACUGAGUUGUUUAUUUCAGAAAGGGGUCAAGUGACAAAUACAACACUUUUUGACAAAUACUCCAGGUAGUUAGGUAGAAUUUUUAUUUUGAUAUAAAGUGAUUGUUUGUUGAAUGUAAACAGUAUGUAAACUUGAUUUUCUCAAAAGUAGAUACUUGUGACUUGACCGCUUUCUGAAAUAAACGAUUCAACUAAAAUGUUGGCAUCAACACCCAACAAUAGAGCCAGAAACAUCGGUCACCAAUUCACUGUUGAUAACUCUACCUUUGAAGUGGUGGACAAAUUCACAUACUUAGGCUCCCUGAUCACCAAACAGAACGUCAUGACGGAAGAAAUCAAGCGAAGGAUAAUCCUAGCGAGCAAAUGCUAUUUUGGACUGAGUAGACAUAUGAGAAGCAGAAACUUAAGCCAAAAAACAAAAAUAACCAUAUUUAUACAAAACCCUUAUACAACCAGUGUUGACAUAUGGAUCGGAGACAUGGACCAUGUCCAAGGCAGAUGAAAACCUUCUGCUUAUAUUUGAACGAAGAAUCCUGAGAGGAAUAUUCGGUGGCGUCUGUGAAAAUGGUAUUUGGGAGGAGGAGGUACAACUACAAGGUAUACCACAGAUAUAAACAUAUAUUUGGUCUUAAAGACGUAGUAUCUCUUAUAAGAAUAGGAAGACUAAGAUGGGCAGGACAUCUAGCAAGAUCACAGCAUAACAACCCUUCUAGAAGAAUCCUUAUGUCACAACCUGUGGGAAGUAGAAAUAGGGUUAGGCCAAAACUUAGAUGGAAGGAUGGUGUAGAUGAUGAUGGGAGAAAAAUAGGCGCAGCAAACUGGCAACGGUUGGCAAUGGAUAGGACUGACUGGCGUAAUAGACUUGGGAAGGUCGAGGCUCUUUCGUAGGGCUGUAGCACCAUUGAUGAUGAUGAUGAGAUGACCAUUUUGCAAAUUAUUUGGUAUUAUGUUGGUAGUAUUGAUUGAUGACGUCAUAUUCUUUCAGUACCCUGUCCGAUUAUCGAAUGUUUGCCAAUAAUAACUUUGUCUACGGUAGCUCGAAACAUAUUACAGGGUGUUUCUUGAUACCAUUCUCGAAAAUUUCGAACCCAGGAUGUCCUUCUUCGGUCUGGGCCUCUAUUUCCGGUGAUUUUGGUAUUAUCAGGUGUAGAAGCUUAUACCUUCUGGAUAUCUCAUUGUAUGCCUGAAAUAUUGUAACUUUCGAAUUUUUAUUAGUUUUGUUAUUCCUGUACCUACUCCUUUUCAUUUGAUGUAAUAAACUAUUUCACUUUGUUCCUUAGUGUCUCUUAUAAGGUUCCAGCUCUCCGUGCCAUGGCAUCAUAAAUUAAUAUUAUCUUUAUAUUAAGUGACCUGCAACUAUAUUAAAUAAAUUUUAUUUUACUAUCACUGUAAAUCAGAAUGUUUUGAUAUGUAUUUUAAGUUUUAGAAAAAGUUAGCGGUGUUGGGUAUGUUUUUUUAUUUAUAGAGCCCAAGAAAAAUGUUCAACAAUAUUGCUCCUAGCUUCCUUAUCAUACAUAAUACGUAUCUUAAUUUUGUUGGAAAAAGUGCAGAAAAGGCCAAGCUUGUACCUAUUGUGAUUUUAAAUAACAUAGUUUUCGCGUGAUAUUCAAAGCUAUAUCUAUAGCUAUAUAAGUUUUUUUUUAUUUUGCUCAUCAUGGAAGAAGAUUCAAAAAAAAUAUCUUCAAUUUUGUCAGUAGGGUGAAAAAAAAGGUUAGAGCAACUUCACAACACAUUCUCUUGGCAUAUAUAUGUUCUUUAUUUUACAAGUCAAUAUUCCCCAUCUUUUUUAAAAAUGGUGUUAUUUAACUUGAAGGAUUGCCAGGAUUAUGUUUAUAAACACAUAGGCUUUUAUAAAAGUUGUCCUAUUGUGUGACUACUUUUUAUUAUGAAUUUUUGCAUUAUUUAUCCCCUUUAUUUCCCCCAUAUUUUUUCCUGACUCGAACAUUAAUCUGUAUCAUUUACAUUUUUUAUUAUCAAACUGAUUUCAUUUAUAUACAUGAUAUUUCAAUCAUUUGAAAUAAAUACCUACGUAAUAUAUGUAAGUAUUACGAAAUCUAAUAUUUGUUUGUACUGAUAGUUUAAUUUCUGAUAUUUAUGUGAUUAAUCCUUGUAAUUAAUAUUAUUAUUAGCAUUAGUAUCAUUUUUCGUGUUAUCAAUCUUUGUGAUAUGUAAAUAAAGGUUUUUAAAAACAAUAA